AUGCUUAGCAGCAGUGAUCUACAAAUGUCAGCUAUUGUCCGGGAUAGUAGUGCUGACAUCGUCUGUGUCACUGUUGGUCUCACUAGCUUCAUCAUUGUCAUUACUGCUGGCCACUUAGUCUUCAUUAUCGCUGCUGGCAACUUCACUGUCGUUGUCAUCUUCAUCGUCGCUGCUACUGUACAUUAUGUUAUCAUCAGCGGCAUCUACAUCAUCUCUUUCACUAUCUACAGCUACGAUUGCACUUGCAUCGCCUUUGUCUCACUCCUCUUUAAUUUCCCAGCUAAAUGGUCGUUUUCGUGUCUCAGUUUUGCCAUCUUUGCCCAUGAUAUCAUGUUUUUGAUGAUGCUACACGCUUGGUUCGUUACUGUAGGGGAAGCAUUGAGUAGCGACUUCCGAUACUCUUUCAACAGCUUCAUCGGUUUGGCUUUAUCAGAGAAGGGUGUUGAGUCACCAUUUGGCGAGCUUAAAAUGUUCUGGAUGUUUUUUGGAGAUAUAUCGACAAUCUAG